ACCAACCCUUGGGUCUAGGUGCCAACUCCAUUCUACAUUGGAACCUGUCCCUGAUCCUGGCCUGAGCCUGACAGAUCCCGCUGCAACGUGGCCUGGUCCUUAGCCGAGAAACCCUCCCCUAUUCGACAUCCGUCUGAACCGCCCAUAUCUCGGUCACAUGACCGUAACAUCACGACUUCCUCCAAGCAGGCUCCAGUUUAGCAUCUACCGGGGGUGCUCGGACCCGCUUCCGCCAUGUCAGACUUUGAUAAUAAUCCAUUUGCGGACCCGGACGUAAAUAACCCAUUCAAGGAUCCAUCGGUCACACAGGUGACAAAGAAUGUACCAUCUGGACUAGAGGAAUAUAAUCCUUUUUCAGAUUCACAAACGCCACAACCACCAAAAGUCAAAAUGCCGACGGCAGCACCAAGCACACAACCAGCGAUCAUGAACCCAACAGAAGAGCCAUUAGCAUACAAUCAAGUAGCAAAGGAACAUGCUAUAGCACAGGCUGAGCUCCUGAGACGGCAGGAAGAGUUAGAGAAGAAAGCUGCAGAGCUUGAUCGCAGGGAACGAGAGAUGCAAAGUCUCAACCAACCCGGAGGAAGGAAGAAUAACUGGCCUCCCCUCCCUGGAAACUUCCCUGUUGGGCCUUGUUUCUAUCAAGAUUUCUCAGUGGAUAUCCCUGUGGAAUUUCAAAAGACUGUAAAGAUUAUGUAUUACCUAUGGAUGUUCCAUACCAUCACCUUGUUUGUAAAUAUCUUCGGCUGCUUGGCCUGGUUCUGCGUCGAUACGGGACGAGGAGUUGAUUUUGGAUUGGCAAUCAUGUGGUUUCUGCUCUUCACGCCAUGUUCGUUUGUUUGCUGGUAUAGACCAAUCUAUGGAGCCUUCAGGAGCGACAGUUCCUUCAGGUUCUUUGUAUUCUUCUUUGUCUACAUCUGCCAGUUUGGAUUGCAUGUGCUUCAAGCCGCAGGUUUUCAGGGAUGGGGAAACUGCGGAUGGAUUUCUGCACUGACUGGGCUGAACCAGAGCAUUCCAGUUGGAAUAAUGAUGAUCAUAAUUGCUGCACUCUUCACUGCCUCUGCUGUCAGCUCACUAGUGAUGUUUAAAAAGGUUCAUGGGCUGUACCGGACAACGGGCGCAAGCUUUGAGAAGGCUCAGCAAGAGUUCGCUACCGGAGUGAUGUCCAACAAGACUGUGCAGACCGCCACAGCAACUGCCGCCUCUUCAGCUGCCCAGAAUGCCUUUAAGGGUAACCAGAUGUAGGAGAAUCCAGCAGCAAAGCAACCCCUUAAUACUCCCAUGCUCUCUUCCUUCAUUUCUUUUUACACUUCAGACAAAGGACUUUUAACUUGCACUUGCCUUGUGUAUUUGCUACAUUAUGCACAGUAAGUGCCACAAGAACAAGUUAGUUUCUGGAGACCCCCCAGGUAUUUAUAGGGGUUAUUAAUUGUGCAUGGGCUAAAUCCCUAAAGCGAUUACAAACUACAUCACCAACGACCCACCAAUUUGCAUUCUUCCCCCUCCCACUUAUAAUCUAGAGGCUGAUCCGAACUGUAGGCUACAGAAAAGAUUUUUAAAUUGUAACAGUAUUGGCCUAUUUCCCCUAUAAAGAGCAGGCAUUCUCUGUAUUAAAUAAUAGAAGUGGUUUUGUUGUAUCCAUUUACAGAUUGUAGUUGGGAUUUUUAGGUUUUUUUUUCCCCCGUUCCGGCAGCCGACAUGCAAGGCAUUGUUAGUCACUUUCGUUAUGUUACAUUUGUUUUUUGUUAAUUAUUAUAUUUUUAGUUGUGUAUAAUUUAAUACUCCCCGUCAGUGUACGAGCAAGACUUGUACUUUGAAUGGGGGUUCCUCCUUAUUGCAUUUAGCCUGAUCCCUGUGUGUGUGAGUGUGCGGAUAGAAUCGUUGCUACAACACAACUGUACAACUGUAGAAUGUCUAAUACAAUGUACAGUUUCACUAGUGCUUCUCAAUAGAAAGGGAAUCUGUGGCAUUGUAUUUGCUGAUUUUUCCUUUUUGCCCUCAUGUUUGUGAUCUUUCUUUGCACAUUUCCUAUUUGACGGUUUAUUUAAUGCAGUGUUAUUAAUCUU